AUGGACGUAAUAAUUGAAAAUAAAGAAUUUGACUAUUUAUCCAAAGCUAACUAAAUAGUAAAAGUAUUUGAAAAUAAAUUCGAUGAAAAUGUCGAAUUUGCUAUUUAAGGUUUUUAUAAAAUAUAUUCUGGUAUAAAAAGGACUGAAUGGGCUACGGUAUAUUAAUUAAGUCAGAACCGAGUAUUGAAAGAUGCUGAAUAAUAUGGAGAUAGAACACUAUCUUUGUUUAUAAAGGAAAACUAGCUCAAUUUUUGCACAUAUGACCUAGAUACUUAAAAUAAGAACUUAUGUAAAUCUAUUACUUUCGAGGAUUAUGAAGAAGGCAAAUGGGCUUUAAUACAUAAUUCAUAUUCCCGAAUUUAAUAAAAAGUAUAUUCUUUUGUAUAAUUUUAAGGAAAUUAGGGACAUGAUGUUUAUUUUGAUAAUGUUAAACACUAACCUUCUAGUUAUUAUGUGUUUUAGGGGGCUUAAAGCUUUUCUUAUAAGAACUUUCCGGGUAAAAUAAUUGGUUAGACUUUCUUUUCUGGGGCAGGAAAUUUCAGAGAAUGUGGCUUUGAUUAAAUUUGGAAACAAUUAGUCAUAGUAGAGAGAAUUUAUGUUUUCGAAGUUAUUAUUAUAUAUGAAAUAGACUUCGAAGUAGAAGAAAAUGAAGGAGUAGUUUAAAUAUUCGAAAACAAAUUCGAGAAAACAUUAGAAUUUGCAAUUUUUGGUUGGUUUUAAAUUAAUAAAAAAAUUUCCAGAAAAAACUGGUCGACUGGCUAUCAUUUAAAUUCAAACAAAAUAAUUUAAGAUUAGGCUGAAUUUGGUGAUAGGACACUCGCUUUUUUCAUAAAAGACUACAAUUUACAAUUCUGCUCUUAUGAUAUUAAUUCAGGAGAUAAAAAUGUAAACGAAAACCUUACUUUUUAAUAAGAAAAUGAAGAUAUAUGGAUAUUUAUUUAUUAAGCAUACUCACCUACUUUAUAAAAAAUGUUCGUCUAUGUCCAAUUUAAUAAAUAAAAGGAAAAUAUACUCCAAAGAAUAGGUCUUAAGCAUUAAUAUUCACAUAUUUAUACUCUUUUUGUAGGACAAAGUUUCACCUAUAAAAAAUGGCCUGGUUAAAUUCGAAGCUUGAGUCUAUGUGCUGGAGUCGGUUGUUAUAAAGAGAAAGGAUUUGAGUUAGCCUGGAACUAUUUCGAGACUGUCUAUACUAUACAUAUUUACAAUAUUAUUGAAGACGAAGAAGAUUUCGAAGAUGAAGAUGAAGAAAAACCCAAAGAACCAAUCGUGAAAUUUUUCGAGCAGGAGUUUUCCGGUAUAUAGGAAUUUGGAAUCGAGGGUUGGUUUAAAAUCAGUCCAGGAUCCAAUAGAAAUGAUUGGGCAACUGGUUAUCACUUAAAUACAAAUGAAAAUGUUUAAGAUUUAGCAGAACAUGGUGAUAGGACCUUAUCUUUUUUUGUAAAAGAGAAUAGCUUACAUUUCCAGACUUAUGAUAUAGCCUCUGAUAAUAAGAAUCUUUAAAAAAAGAUCGAUUUUUCAUAUAAAGAAGAAGGAACUUGGUGCUAUAUAUACCAAGGAUAUUCUCCUGUGUUAUAAAAAGCUUAUGUUUUUACUUAGUUUUAAGGUCAAAAGUCUAAUGUAUUAGAAUUUUUCAAAAUUCAACAUAAGGAUGCUUAUUUUGUGACCUUUUUUGUCGGCAAAUCAUUUUCUUAUGGGAAAUUCCCAGGAAAAAUCGCUCUUUUGAAACUUUCUGGAGGUAAAGGAGCUUAUAAAGAAAUAAAUAGUGUAGAUUGGAUUAUUAUUAAGCAUAAAACAAUCUAUACAUACCAAUAAUAUGAGAUUAUUGAAGAUAUAGAUUUCACUAAUAAAGAUAAUUAAGCAGGAAUAGUAAAAAAAUUCACUAAUUAAUUCAAUGGAAUAUAAGAAUUCGGUAUCGAAGGUUGGUUUAGAUUAAGAAUGGGUGUCAAAAGAGAUUAAUGGGCUACUGGAUAUCAUUUAAAUUCAAAUCAAAAUCCUUAAGAUUUAGCAGAAUUUGGAGAUAGGACUUUAUGUAUGUAGGUAAUUCAGAAUACUUACCAUUUCCCAACUUAUGAUUUGAAGACAAAGAAUAAAAACCUUUAUAAAAAUGUCGAAUUUUAGUAAGAUGAUGAGGGUGUUUGGGCUUUUAUAUAUCAUGGAUAUUCCCCUGAGUUAAAAAAAGCUUAUGUUUUUACCUAAUUCUAAAACAAGAAGGCUGCUAUAUUAGAAUUCUAUCAUAUUUUGCAUAAAGACUCUUUAUAAUAUCAUCUUUUUGUAGGAAAAUCAUUCACAUAUAGGUAUUUCCCUGGAAGAAUUUCCUAAUUGAAAUUAUCUGCGGGAGACGGUGCUUAUAGAGAAAUUGAAAAAAUAGACUGGGAUUUAUUGCCUAGUAUAAAAGUCGUUAAAAUUGUGGAAAUAAUAAUUAUAGAAGAUUAAGAUUUCGAGGAUAAUUUUGAAAAAGAUCCUAUUGUAGUCAAGAAAUACGUAAAUUAAUUCAACGGAGUACAAGAAUUCGGUAUUGAAGGUUGGUUUAAAUUAAAACCAGGAGUCAAAAGAGACUCAUGGGCUACUGCUUAUCACUUUAAUUCGAAUGAAAAUCCUUAAGAUUUAGCAGAAUACGGAGAUAGAACUUUAUGUAUGUUUGUACUUCAGAAUACUUACCAUUUCCCGACUUAUGAUUUGAAGACUUAGAAUAAGAAUUUAUAUAAAAAUGUCGAAUUUUAACAACAAGAUGAAGGUGUUUGGGCUUUUAUAUAUCAUGGAUAUUCACCUUUAUUGAAGAAGGCAUAUGUUUUUGUUUAGUUCUAGAAUAAAAAGUAUUAGGUUUUGGAGUUAUUAAAUGUUUUGCAUGAAGAUUCUUAUUUCUAUAAUCUUUUUGUUGGUAAAUCUUUCAAUUAUAGAAAUUAUCCGGGAAGAAUAUCCUAAUUAAAACUAGCUGGUGGAGAUGGUGCUUAUAAGGAAAUAAAAACUACAAAUUGGGAUAAUAUGCCUAAAGUUAUUGUUUACUAAUUAACUUAAGUGACUAUUAUUAUAGAUUAAGAUUUCGAAGAUGAAAAUUAAAACUAAGUAGUGUAAAUAUUCAAGCAUAAAUUCAAUGGAAUAUAAGAAUUCGGUAUUGAAGGUUGGUUUAAAUUAAAACCAGGGGUUAAAAGAGACUCAUGGGCUACUGCUUAUCACUUUAAUUCGAAUGAAAAUCCUUAAGAUUUAGCAGAAUAUGGAGAUAGGACUUUAUGUAUGUUUGUACUUUAGAAUACUUAUCAUUUCCCGACUUAUGAUUUGAAGACUUAGAAUAAGAAUUUAUAUAAAAAUGUCGAAUUUUAACAAGAAGAUGAGGGUGUUUGGGCUUUUAUAUAUCAUGGAUAUUCCCCUGAUUUAAAAAAAGCUUAUGUUUUUACCUAAUUAUAAGGAAAAUAGCCUUAAGUUUUGGAAUUAUUUAAUGUUUAUCACCAAUCUUCUUUCUUUUAUAACCUUUUCGUUGGAUAAAGUUUCCAAUAUAGAAAUUUCCCGGGAAGAAUUGCAUAACUUAAAUUAUCAGGAGGAACAGGUGCUUAUAGAGAAAUCGAAAAGGUUAAUUGGGAUUAUUUACCUAAAGAAGUCGAAUUUUCUUAUUUCGAAGAAGUUGUAGUGGAAGAUUUUAAAUAAGAUUCAAUAGUGAAAAAAUAUUCUAAUUUUAAAGAAGUUUAAGAAUUCGCAGUUUUUGGUUGGUUUAAGUUGAAUAUCGAAAAUAAAAGGGAAAGUUGGUCUACUGGUUAUCAUUUGAAUUCGAAUAAAGUUACUUAGGAUUUUGCCGAUUACGGAGAUAGGACUCUAUCUAUGUUUAUUAUUAAAAACAAUUACCAUUUCGCUACUUAUGAUACAAGGACUUAGAAUACUAAUUUACAUUAGAAUAUUAGCUUUACUACAGAAGAAUAGGAGAAAUGGGCUUUUAUAUAUUUUGGAUAUUGUCCUUUGAGAUAAAAAGGAUAUGUUUAUUUACAAUUUUAAGGAUAAAAGGAAAGAAUUUUAGAAUUUUUAAAUGUAAAACAUCGUUCAUCUAUUAUUUAUACAAUUUUUGUUGGCUAAUCUUUCCAAUAUUUAUAUUUCCCGGGAAGAAUUGUCUAAUUAAGGUUAGCUGCUGGAAAAGGGGCUUAUAGAGAAUAUGGAUUUGAAGAUAAUAAUCCUGCAAUAGGCAAUGGUAAAAAGAGUAUUAAAAUAACUAAAUUUAAUACGGAUUUAAUAUAAGAUGUAGUAAUUUAAGGAGAAAUAGAUUUUGGAAAAGAUAAUUAAAUAGUUAAAGUCUAUGAUUAAUAAUUUACUGGUAUACAAGAAUUUGCAAUUGAAGGUUGGUUUAAAUUAAAUAAAGGCGUAAAUAGGAGUUAGUGGGCUACUGGUUAUCAUUUUAAUGGAAAUGAAAAAGCUUAAGAUUUAGCAGAUUUCGGAGAUAGAACUCUAUGUAUGUUUAUUAUUUAGAAUAAUUUCCAUUUCCCCACUUAUGAUUUAAAUACUGGGAAUAAAAAUUUGUAUAAAAAUGUACUUUUUAAUAAUGAUAUGGAAGAUUUUUGGGUUUAUAUUUAUCAUGGAUAUUCUCCCGAUUUAUAAAAGGCAUAUGUUUUUACAUAGUUCUAUUAAUAAAAACCGAUUAUUUUGAAUUUCUAGGAUGUCAAACAUAAAGAUUGUAAUAUUUAUAGACUUUUUGUUGGAUAGAGCUUUGGUUAUAGAAAUUUCCCAGGUAAAAUUUCAGGAUUGAAACUAAGUGGAGGCCUUGGAGCUUAUAAGGAAAUUUAGGUUGUUUAAGGUUGGGAUGCAUAUUCAAAAGAUAAUACUAAUACUAAUGCUAAUACUAAUACUACUUAAAAAUAAGAUAAAUAUUUUAAAAGUAUUACUAUUGAUUUUGAAAAAAGAAACAUUAAUUAAGUUAAAUUAAUAUAAAAUAAUUAAAUUUAAUAAGAGGAAACAUAGAAUAAUGAAGUUAAUCAAAAUAAUAUUAAAAAUACUGAUAAUAGAUAAGAAAAUAACAAUAUUGAGUUAAAUAAUAUUAGUUUCUCGUAAACUUAAUUGAAUGAGUAAAAAGAAGAAAAUCAAAAUAAUGAUGAAGGCAUUUUCUUAGCUUAAAAAUUAAUUAAUAAAAAGAAAUAAUAAUAAAAGAAAUCGAUGAAAUUUUAAACCUAAUCCAAAAAAUCAAAUAAGAAAUAUU